AUGUCCAUGCUGCCCACCUUCGGCUUCACGCAGGAGCAAGUGGCGUGCGUGUGCGAGGUGCUGCAGCAGGGCGGCAACAUUGAGCGGCUGGGUCGCUUCCUGUGGUCGCUGCCUGCCUGCGAGCACCUCCACAAGAAUGAAAGCGUGCUCAAGGCCAAGGCCGUGGUGGCCUUUCACCGGGGCAACUUCCGCGAGCUCUACAAAAUCCUGGAGAGCCACCAGUUCUCGCCGCACAACCACGCCAAGCUGCAGCAGCUGUGGCUCAAGGCGCACUACAUCGAGGCGGAGAAGCUGCGCGGCCGGCCCCUGGGCGCCGUGGGCAAGUACCGCGUGCGGCGCAAGUUCCCGCUGCCCCGCUCCAUCUGGGACGGCGAGGAGACCAGCUACUGCUUCAAGGAGAAGAGCCGCAGCGUGCUGCGCGAGUGGUAUGCGCACAACCCCUACCCGUCGCCGCGGGAGAAGCGCGAGCUGGCCGAGGCCACCGGUCUCACCACCACGCAGGUCAGCAACUGGUUCAAAAACCGGCGGCAGCGCGACAGGGCGGCGGAGGCCAAGGAAAGGGAGAACAGCGAGAACUCCAAUUCCAGUAGCCACAACCCGCUGGCUUCCUCGCUCAAUGGCAGCGGCAAGUCGGUGCUAGGCAGUUCGGAGGACGAGAAGACGCCGUCGGGGACUCCAGACCACUCGUCGUCCAGUCCCGCACUGUUGCUCAGCCCGCCGCCGCCCCCUGGGCUGCCUUCCCUACACAGCCUGGGCCACCCUCCCGGCCCGAGCGCAGUGCCCGUGCCAGUGCCCGGUGGAGGCGGCGCGGAUCCACUGCAGCAUCACCACAGCCUGCAGGACUCCAUACUCAACCCCAUGUCGGCCAACCUCGUGGACCUAGGCUCCUAGAGCUCUGCUCGCCUCCGGGCGCUUGCUUUCCGUGCUUGGUGCGGGGACUUGAGAGGCGGUGUGGGAGGGCGGUAGAUUGGAGUAUGGACCGGGUACUGGAAGACUGCCCUGCCACGCUGGAGCGGCAGAACCGGCGGCGGGACAAAGUGGACAAUGGUCUGCUCGGGGUCCUUUGCGGGAUUCAUUCUCAACAAGUUGCUUUUGAGAUCCUUUGGAGGCCAGGGACCUAGUCUUGAACUGGGCAAGGGAAUAAAUUAUAAACGACCACCACCCCUUUUAAACUCUCUUCCCUUUCUCUUGCCCUUUUCUUUCCUUCAUUUUCCCUUCGGGUUUCUUAUGUCUCCUCUUUUCAUUUUUUCCUCUCUGCCUCUUUUUGCUUUUCUUUUUCCCCUUUAUACAUUUCUGGAUUUCUCUCUCUCUCUCUCUCUCUCUCUCUCUC